UUUUUUUUUUUUUUUUUUCCUGUCGUAUAAUUUAAGUACGGUACUUAUAGGUAAACCCGACUUAUACUAGGUUACCUACCUAGGUACCUCCUAAUACCUUAUAUAUAAACGGGGGAUAUUCUCCCAUUCUUGCCCGUUCCCAAUUUUAACCUUCUUUCAACGACAACGACCGCGAGAGAGACUAGCAGAUAUACCUAGGUGGUUAGUGCCCGUAAUUAAGGCAGUAAUCUAUAGGGUAUUAUGUUUUCACCGAGUCCCUCUUACACGUCGACUCUAAUUCACUACCGUCUGUACUGAACUUAUUUUUUUUUUAAAAAAAAAAUACUGUAUAAUAAUACAAGACGAGAAAGGUCGUCCAUGACCAUUACGCCGCAGAAUGCAGAUGACAGCUGCCUCAUAAAUCAAACUGUCCCGACGGGGGUCACGCCGCCUCCGUCGGAGUACCUUGACGAAAAGAAGCAACUUUCCAAUCCCAAUCCCAACCACAAUCCCAAUUCUGAAUCCAUUUCCCGCGAGGACGAAGAGAAACACAAUAAGGCUCGUUCCCGCUCCAUCGAGGAUGCGGCUGCACCACAUCUGCCGUCGUCUUCCUCUUCAGAUAGAGGUGAUGGUGAUGAUGACGACGACGACGAUGAAGAUUUCCCCGAAGGCGGCCUAGCCGCCUGGCUCGUCGUCUUCGGCUCCUUCUGCUCCAUGAUCUGCCUGUACGGCCUGAUCAACUCGGUCGCCGUGUUCGAGUCCUACUUCUCGACGCACCAGCUCGCCGGGUACAGCUCCUCCACCAUCGGCUGGAUCUUCAGCAUGUACCUGUUCAUCGUCUUCUUCUUCGGCGUCCAGGUCGGCCCCAUCUUCGACAGGCACGGCCCCAGGCUGCUCGUCGCCGCCGGCAGCUUGCUGGUUGUCGCUAGCCAGCUCAUACUAGGGUUGUGCGAAGAAUACUACCAGAUCCUGCUCACGUACGCGGUCCUAGGAGGCAUAGGCGGCGCGCUCCUGAACGUGCCCGCCUACGGCGUGAUAGCGCACUUCUUCAAGCGCCGGCGGGGCCUGGCGGUCGGGGUCGCGGCGACGGCCGGGUCCGUGGGCGGCAUCGUGUUCCCGCUGUACCUGCAGGCGGCGAUCCCGCGCCUCGGGUUCGCGUGGAGCACGCGGAUCAUCGGCUUCAUCCUGCUGUUCCUGUCCGUCCUGGCCAACCUGCUCGUGCGCUCGCGCCUGCCCCCCAGCACCCACCCGGUGCGCAUCCUGCCGGACUGGUCCCUGUUCCGGGACCUCAAGUUCUCCCUCUGCUGCGCCGGCGUCUGGUUCAUGGAGUGGGGCAUCUUCACCCCGCUGACGUACAUCGUCUCGUACGCCGCCGCCCACGGCCAGGAUGCCAACGCCGCGUACACGCUCCUGGCCAUUCUAAACGCCGGCUCCUUCUUCGGUCGGUUCCUCCCGGGGUUCCUAGCGGACCGCUUCGGCCGCUUCAACGUCAUUACCAUAACGAACGCGCUGUGUGUCGUUACUAUCCUCGCCUUCUGGCUCCCUGCCGGUGACUCGCGCGCCAUGAUCGUCGUUUUCGCUGUUACUUUUGGCUUUGCUUCCGGAAGCAACCUAGGCUUGUACCCCGUCUGCAUCGGCCAGCUGUGCGACGCCCGUGAUUACGGUCGUGUGUAUUCCACGGCGGUGAUGAUUGGCAGCUUUGGGACCCUGACGGCCGUUCCCAUCGCCGGCGCAUUGCUGGAGAUGGGUAGCGACGAGCGUCAAGGCUGGCUGGCGCUUAUCCUCUUCGCGGCGUUAUCGUAUGCCAUUUCAACUAGCUGUUUCCUUGGCGCCCGAGUCUUGGCCGUUAGUUGGAGGGUGAAAGAAGUGUACUAGGAGCGGAUUUGGCGGUACAUAUAAAGUGUGGCGCUUCAGGUAGAUCGAUAUCAAGUAGCGCCGGGUAUAGACUAUGUGUGACCUGGGAGAUUGAACAUAUUCAAGCAUACUGCAUCACCGCGCGCGUCAAGAUUUCUAUAGAUUCGAAUCCUCUGCCUGCCUU